AUGGGGCCACAAGCCAAAAAACGCAAGUUGACGCCCAAAGUCGAAGAGAUCAAUUUCGACGCUGCCGAUCGCCAGCAAUUUCUUACAGGAUUUCGAAAGAGAAAACAACAGCGGAUACGACAUGCACAGGAACUUGCAGAAAAGAGAGCCCGAGAAGAGAAAAGAUUAGAACGGAAGAAGAUCCGUGAAGAGCGAGCUGCGGAAUAUGAGCGGGCACUUGAAGAGCAUCGGAGGCAGCUCAAAAGGCUGAGGGAAGAGAACGGCGACAGUGACGAAGAAUCAGAUUCCAGCAAUGGCGAUGUAGACGAGCAGGAUGAAUGGGAAGGAUUCGCUGAGCCUCCUGCAGUGGACUACGAAGCCGAAUAUAUCGACGAAGACAAAUAUACCACUGUGACUGUCGAAGAGAUGGAUGCCUCCAGAGAAGGCUUACUCAGGGCGGAAGAGGGCGACAGGUCCGAUGAGGAUGAAGAUGAGCAAACGAAACGAAGGUCGGAAGCCGUUGUCAAAUCCACAAAUUCAGCCGAGAAGAAGACAACGAAUGAGAACAACAAACCAAAAAAGAAGAAAAAGAAGUUCCGAUACGAAAGCAAGGAGGAGCGCAAAGUUACUCUUAUGAAGCAGCGGCAAGCCAAAUCGAAAAAGGCCAAGGCUCGGCGAGAACGAUGA